AUGGCACCCUCAGCAAUUACCCCUCCAACAAUCAUGGAGAAGAAAAUAAAUACAAGACCCGUACUGCCACGCUCAACUACGGCAAAUAUGGGAACGAAGAGAAAGAUCAUAUGCUUUUCAGACUUUGACGGCACGAUAUUCAUGCAGGACACCGGCCAUCAGCUAUUCGACAAUUUCGGUUGUGGGCCGGACCAAAGAGCCGUCCUGGCCAAGGAAUUGGAAGAGGGAGAGCGUACAUUUCGAGAAGUGUCCGACGAGCUAUAUGCAUCCUUGAACGUGCCGUUCGACGACGGCUUCCAGGUCAUGAAGACUGCUUUGGACAUUGACCCAGACUUUCAAACCUUCCACGAGUUCUGUGUGAACAACAACAUUCCUUUCAACGUCAUUUCAGCUGGGCUCAAGCCAAUGCUGAGGAAAGUUCUGGACCACUUCAUCGGCGAAGAGAUGAGCAAGCAUAUCCAAAUAGUUGCGAACGACGUAAAGAUUACUGAGGACGAGAACGGUCACAAAUGGUCCGCAGUCUGGAAGCACGAUACCGAUCUCGGCCACGACAAGGCUCUCUCCAUGCAAGAGGCACGAGCCCUUGCUGAGCUAGAAGCAGACAACGGAACAGUUCCAAUGAUUGUCUUCAUUGGCGAUGGUGUCUCCGAUUUACCCGCGGCACGAGAAGCAGAUAUCCUUUUUGCUAGGAAGGGCCUCAAGCUCGAGCAAUAUUGCGUCGAGAACAACAUCCAAUAUAUCCCCUUCGACACCUUUGCAGAUAUCCAAAAGGAAGUGAUGAGGCUCGCCAAGGUCGAUGAUGAGAAGACCAAAGGACGUGGCUUGCCAACUGCCUUCAAUCCGCGUGCCAAUAUGUGGAGACGGGCCAGCAGCAAGGCUAGCGGCGUGCCUGUCUUUUCGGCUCUGUCACCUCGAAAAGAAGAGAAAGCUUUCUUGUGGCCUAAUGUGUUUACUGCACCAGUCAAGGUUGCCCAGGCGGCUACAGUUGCAUAA